CUGCAAGAGUCCAGUCCCAGCGCCUGUUUUCUCCGAGCCUCUCGCGUGGCCCCGCAGCGUCCGCGUAGCCCUUGCCCUGGCUCAAGUUUUCCAUAGAGCCCGCGAGUGGAGGCUGCCAAGAGACCCCCGGAGCCUGGGAGAGGGGGGCGGGCCCGGGGGCGCUGGGGGCCCUCGGUCUGCGCCCAGCCACCGCCUGCUCUACCGAACCUCCUACCCCGCCCCCACUCACCGGGCUCAGCCCCUAGGAGAGACGCGCAGGGAGCGUGUUGCUUCGCCCAGCCGAUCCGCAGAAGUUGAGAGGAGUUGGUGGCUGCCUCGGGCCGGCCGGACUUUGCCAGCAGCCGGGAGAGGGGACGCCGCCGCCGCGGAGCCUUCGGGGUUGCCUCGCUCCUGCUCAGCCCGCAGCGCGGGUGGAGAGGGGCGGGGAGGGAGUCGGGGUGCCCGAGAAGAACUUGAAAGUGUGUGAAGGAAUCCGAACCAGAUGAGAAGGGAGGAAAAUAAAACAAAGUGGACACUGCAGGAAAGACUCAACCGUGGUUGAUUGUAUCGGCUGACGCUCCAGCAGAGGGGCUGGGUUGCCCCCCCCCCCAUUCUCUCUCUCUCUUUUAAAGCGACACCAGCUUUCUCUUUCUCUACUAUCUCUGUAUCACCAAACCCUUGCUGGCUCUUAUGGGCAUGAAACACUCCUCCCGCUGCCUGCUCCUAAGGAGGAAAAUGGCGGAGAACGCUGCCGAGAACACCGAGGUGAACAGCCCCCCUGCACAACCCCCUCAGCCUGUCAUCCCACCCAAGCCCGUGCAAUGUAUGCAUCAUGUGUCCACUCAACCCAGCUGCCCAGGACGGGGCAAGAUGUCCAAGCUGCUAAACCCGGAGGAGAUGACCUCAAGAGAUUAUUACUUUGACUCCUACGCCCACUUUGGGAUCCACGAGGAAAUGCUGAAGGAUGAGGUGCGGACUCUCACUUACCGGAACUCCAUGUACCACAACAAGCACGUGUUCAAGGACAAAGUGGUGCUGGACGUUGGCAGUGGCACUGGGAUCCUUUCCAUGUUUGCUGCCAAAGCAGGGGCCAAGAAGGUGUUUGGGAUUGAGUGCUCCAGCAUUUCUGACUACUCAGAGAAGAUCAUUAAGGCCAACCACUUGGACAACAUCAUCACCAUAUUUAAGGGUAAAGUGGAAGAGGUGGAGCUGCCUGUGGAGAAGGUGGACAUCAUAAUCAGCGAGUGGAUGGGCUACUGUCUCUUCUAUGAGUCAAUGCUCAACACGGUGAUCUUUGCCAGGGACAAGUGGCUGAAACCUGGAGGGCUUAUGUUUCCAGACCGGGCAGCUUUGUACGUGGUAGCAAUUGAGGACAGACAGUACAAGGACUUCAAAAUCCACUGGUGGGAGAACGUCUACGGCUUUGACAUGACCUGUAUCCGAGAUGUGGCCAUGAAGGAGCCGCUGGUGGACAUUGUGGAUCCCAAACAAGUGGUGACCAACGCCUGCUUAAUAAAGGAGGUGGACAUCUACACGGUGAAGACAGAAGAGCUCUCGUUCACAUCCGCGUUCUGCUUGCAAAUACAGCGCAACGACUACGUCCACGCCCUGGUCACCUAUUUUAAUAUUGAAUUUACCAAGUGCCACAAAAAGAUGGGGUUUUCCACAGCCCCAGAUGCCCCCUAUACUCACUGGAAGCAGACUGUCUUCUACUUGGAAGAUUACCUCACUGUCCGGAGAGGGGAGGAAAUCUACGGGACCAUAUCCAUGAAGCCAAAUGCCAAAAAUGUGCGAGACCUCGAUUUCACAGUAGACUUGGAUUUCAAGGGGCAGCUGUGUGAAACAUCUGUAUCUAAUGACUACAAAAUGCGUUAGCACAUGGGGGAAGCUGCAGAGAGGGAGCGAGAAAAGAAACUCUCACCUCGAUCUGCUGCGCUUGCACCAAGGAACACUGUUUGCAGGACUACACACUUGAAACCCAGAGUUUUCCACUCUGCCUGGAAGAUUGGGCUCCGGAGGGCCCUGCCACCGGACAGAGAACCGCCAGCUCCUCGGCUCUGCCCUGGGAGCCCUUCACAAAGGCUUUCUUGUCGCUGACAAAGAACAACCUUGAGUGCUCUGGCUGGGUCCCCCAGGAUGGAGAAGUACACGUGUAUCCCCUUUGUCCUCCUUAACUGUGAAUCUCUGGAUCUUCCAAGUUUUGCAUGCUGCAGGCAUCUAGGACAGACAGCUUCCCCUAGAACCUGGAGACGUAGUGUCUUUGAUAGCAUAAGCGAGAUCAUCCCUCUGUGCGGUGGUGAGUGUGCGCGUGUGCGUGCGGAUAGCAUAUAUAUUAGUUUAUUUACCCACGGGCACCUGUAUAUGCAUGCAUAUACAACCAGGCGGGUAUCCUUAUGUGUUCAUUCAGAGGGUGUGUGUGUGUGCGCGCGCGUGUGUGCAGAAUAUAUAUUACUCUCAGAGGAGGUCCUGUUGCUUUUGAAUAGGAAUUUGUUUUGUGAUUAGUUCCUCCCCUCCCCCAGCCCCUAACAGAUGUUAAGCAGCCAUGAAACGUUCUCUGUGCUAGCUCCGGUCUUCUUGGACGAGACCGGGGCUCCAAGCCCUGAGCCUAGGACCAGGCCCCCUGUGGGCGCUCAAUAAACAUCAUGAGA